CCUCGACACGCGACUCUCACAUCUCAUCCUCCUCCCAUCCCCGUUCAUCGCUCCCAACAACUCAAGCCCCUAACCUUUUAAUCUCACGAGCUCCAACAACAACAACAAUUCAAAAUGGGUGGCGAAGGAUGGCUGUUCCUCUUCUCGGUCAUCAUGGCCGCGGUGCUCCUGUUCACCAUGGUCUUCUUUAUCAUCAUGUUCUCUGAUCUCGAGUGCGACUACAUCAACCCCAUUGACCUCUGCAACAAGCUCAAUCAAUUUGUGCUUCCCGAGAUGAUCGCCCACGCCUUUUUGACCCUCCUCUUCCUGUUGUCGGGACAGUGGCUUGCGUUCCUCCUCAAUGCGCCCCUGGUCGCCUUCAACGUCAACAAGAUCAUGCAGAAGAACCACAUGUACGACGCCACAGAGAUCUUCCGGACGCUCUCGGGCCACAAGAAGGAGAGCUUUAUCAAGCUCGGCUUCUACUUGAUCUCCUUCUUCUACUACCUCUACCGCAUGAUUCUCGCCCUCAUUUCUGAGAGCGACUAGAUGCGUUUUAGCCGGCGGCACACUGCGGCGGCAAACUUUGGGACGCGAACACGACGACGACGACGAGGCGCAAUGCAACGCAACGCGCAUGCGCUGGUGGCGGGAGUCGGCCAUCGGCUAGAUGUCUGUAGGCGGGAGUAUAUAGGUACAUGCCCCGGUAAUGCAUCAAAACAGCCAUAGAUAGAGAUUGGGAGUUGUUGAGGAUCAUGAUCAGUCAUGAUUAGAAGAGGGAUGUGGAAGCCUUGAUCAUUGUGGGGCGGAUGAGAAGCGGCAGGCAAGGAUGAGUGAGCUGGAGCGGAGAGGUGAUGAGAUGAGU